GUAGUAAAUGAGGGUCACUGUGGACUCCUCUGCAGUUGUCUACGUGAUCGUUGCAUAGAUGAGUUGGAAGUGGACUGGAUGAAAUGUGGCCAUUGUGUUCUACAGUGGAUCUUGGAUCCACUGAGGAGCCAAGUUCUACUGUGGGUGGAGCCUGACUGUGGGCGGAGCCUGUUGAAGUGGCAAUCAAGUAUGUGAUGACAUCAAGUAUGACAUCACAAUGAAAAAUCUAUGAUGUCAGAAUGAUGUCACAUUCAGAGUGUAUAAAUAGGCCAGAUCUCAGCUUCGCUUCAUUCCAAGUUUGCUGGACAUUUCUUCAGUGCUGUGCGGAAGCAGCAUUACAGUAGGAAUAUACAAUUUCAUCUCCACCACCACGAAACAUUGAGAAGAAAUCAAUCUACCAUGUCUGACCAGGCUCUCACUACUACCAGUCUCACUACUGAAGUGGCUCAAUUUCAGUCUAUGUAUGCCAAAAAACAGGCUGAGAUUGAACAGCUGAGGGAAAGAGUUUGUCAGCUCGAGGAUCAACUGGAAGAUGCUCAAGACCAAACUGAAAAAAAUCAGCUGUUGCAAAAAGUUGCUGAACUUGAGCACGUGAUCAAAACACUGAGGCUCCAGAACCAAAACCUUUUGGUUGAACUGGAGGAUCUGCGGGAGGAUAAGGACUCUCUGACUGAACAGAAAGACAGCAUCAGUGCUGAGUUAAAACAAGCAAAAUCUCAGAAGGACACAAAGAAAGCACUAAUUGAACAGCUGCAGGAAGAAAUUCAGGCUCUGGAAGAAAAUGAAAAAGUCCUCACUGAGAAGAACAAAACCCUCAGUGCUCAAGCGGCCCAGCUUGAAUAUCUGACAGAACAGAAACACAGACAGAUCUCAAGUCUGGAAGAAGAAAUAUCUCUCUUCAAGGUGCAACUGAAAGAGGUUCAGUAUGCACACAAAAGGCUGACCAAGGCGGAAUCACUGAUGGAGGCAGAGCUGGAAAAGCUCAGAAGAACAGUGCAUGACCUUCGUGAGAAGGAAGCCUUCCUGAGCGAGCAGAACAGUCGGCUUGCCGAGGAGUUGUCCGCAGUUGUGAGCCAGAGAGACAAUCAGAAGGGAGAAAAUCGACGUUUGAAGAUGGCUGUUGAAAAUCUUCAGCUCCAAGUGGCAGAAGCUAUGCAUGUCAUUCGGACUCAUGAAGAAACUAUAACACAGCUCAAAAAAAAAAUAUUGACUGGUGCAGAGAAUUUUACUCCUGCUCCAAUUAAGGCAGGAUUUUGGAAACGCUGUUGCCAAGGCCUUUUAAAAGUGGCCUGGCAGGUUGGCAGCACCUGUGUGGGCCUUCUGCUGGCAUCAGCAGUUGUCAGUUACGCCACUGAUUUAUGUAGCUGUGCCUCCGCAGAGCUCCAUUACGCUGACAUACCGCCAUUUUAAAUAUUUCAUAUAAUAAUAAUAAUAAUAUAUUAUUUCAUAUAUAAUAAUAAUAAUAAUAAUAAUAAUAAUAAUAAUAAUAUUUUUAGUAAUUAGCAAUAUAAUCAAUUCAUAUAUAAUAUAAAAAUAUUUUACACUAAAAUAAUAAAAUUAAAAAAAAAAAAAAAAAAAAUCCCAAAUCUCUCCAUGGUGUGUAUUCCAACAAAAUCAAUAUUUGUACAUGUGGCUUGUGAGAAUUUAAGUUUGUCCAGCAUGUUUGAGGAAAUUCAUAAACAAUUUUUGCAGGACAGGAGGAUAAAGGCCAAUUUAUGGUUUUCGAGUCCGUGUCUCUGAAAGAAUGACAUAAAUUCUGUCCUUCACAAAGUUCUUGAGGGUCCUCAUGGAUCCUCCGUUCAUGCAGAAGCCUAAAGCUUGUGGUAAUCGUGCGCCUAUUGUAGUAUGAACACAACUGCGUGCACGUCUGCUUUCAGACUCUACAUUUGUCAUGUGGAAACCAUGAAUUGGCUUUAAUCAUAUUUAGCCAAAACUCUCCUCUGCUGUGAACUGAAUUUCCUCUCACUUCAUGUCAGAAUUCUCUCUCCUACUGUUUGUUUGUUUUAUUAAGCUCCCCUAUUAGCUUUUGCAAGGCAGCAGCUAUUCUUCCUGGGGUCUUCAUAAUUUCAUUUGUGACAACACCAAAAUGCAACAUGUACACAUAAUGCAUACAAAUCAGAAUUACAGAAUACAUAAACAAUACAUACAAGAAUACAGAUAUACAAUACAAAAGACAUACAUGUACACAACUCAUACUAAACCAAAAAGCAUACAACACACAAAAAAAAACUAUAAUUUGUGGGAUUAGAGGUGGUACAAACUCAAAGAAAAACCAUCAAAAUAAAAUGAAGGCGAUAUAAAUGGCAUAAAUAAAUGUUUUUUUUU